AUGAGAAAAGAAUUCGUUGUUGAUUUAUGGGACAUGAAGAAUUACGAAAAUAAAGAUGUUUCAGUUAACCAAGGAACAUGGAAAGUCGAGGGUCUAUCAAAAGCAAGACAAUAUAGGGCAGAACGUACCUUAUUUGCUUCUUUUAGAAGAAAUAAUGAUAAAAAUAUUUCUAAUACAUACCUUAUCAAAGGGUCAAACCAAAAGAGGACAUCUGGUGGUCCAUGGAUGAAAGGUAAAAGAAAAUUUGAAUCAAACACAUUUAAGCUUUGUCGUGAGUUGAAAGAUGCAUAUCAUAACUUGAUUUACCAUUUUAUUCAAGCACCAAGUUGUUUGGCGGAUGAAAUUGUUAGUCUAAUGAUUAAUCUAAGAGUAUAUGGAGGAAUUUCAAAUGAAUUCCAAUUUGUGAUUUAUGCAUUUAGUAUAGAAAAUGGAGUUACAUGGUGUUAG